AAAACAUUUCGAGCGUGGUUUGUUUGGUGUUUUUUGGCAGAAUAAACGUGAAAUUAUCUUUCCUACACAAUGGCUCUUGCUAUGCAGAAAAGAAAUAAUGUUCGACUUCCUCCGGAGGUGAAUCGAGUGCUGUACGUGCGAAACCUUCCGUACAAGAUCACCUCCGACGAAAUGUACGAUAUAUUCGGAAAGUACGGUGCAAUUCGACAAAUUCGUGUCGGCAACACACCCGAAACCCGCGGAACUGCCUUCGUUGUUUACGAGGACAUUUUCGACGCCAAAAACGCUCGGGAUCACCUGUCCGGUUUCAACGUCUGCAAUCGCUACCUGGUAGUGUUGUACUACCAAUCGACGAAGGCAUUCAAACAGCUCGACCUGGACAAGAAGCAAGACGAACUGGACCAGGUCAAGGCGAAGUACAACAUCAGCACGGAAGAGGUGCGGAAGUAAUCGCAUAGGAUUAAUUUAUACUAAGAA